GGGCCCGGGGGCUGUGGCGGGAGGUCUGGGGGGCCCCCGGGGGAGCCCCGGCUGGGCUGGGGGAGCAGCAGGCCCGUGUGCCGGGAGCCGCGGCGGUGGCGUUGCCACGUGCCAAGCAGAAUGGAGGCCCUGGAGGAGACAGAGGAAGUGGAGAAAACACCAGAAGAUGAGAUCUCUUCAAAUAUCAGUGAUUUCCUUGAUGACCUGGAGACAGAUGCAGCUGAGAAGAAAGCCUCUGUCUCAGAUGAUGAACCUGAUUUUGACUGGAGCUCCAUUGACACAUCCCUCUUACCAUCUUCGUACAAGACAAAUUCCCAGCAGGAAAAGGAACUGCUGCAGCUCGCUGACCAUUUCUUCCAGCAGUACGCUCACCUGUGCCCUGACCGCAAGCCGCUCUUCAUCUACCCGGUCAAUGAGUGUGGUGUGCAGAAGUUUGUGAGCACAACGGUGAGGCCAACCCUGCUGCCUUUCCCAGACAUGUACUACUGGUCAGGCUGUGCCAGCUUUGUCUGUGACUACCUCAUCAUGGAGCCCCUCAAGUGCCCACUCACACCGCCCAGUUCACUCUAUUCCCCAACCACCAUUCUGAAGUACCAGCGAGGGAACUGCUUUGACUUCACUGUGCUGCUGUGCUCCCUGCUGAUCGGGGCUGGCUACGAUGCCUACUGUGUACAUGGAUAUGCCACCCUCGAGAUGUGCUCCCUGGACCAGACUCAGGAGCUGUGCCCACUGCUCAGGAAGCCCCCGGAGGUACCAGAAGAGGAGGAUCCCAACAAGUAUAGAAUUAAGUACCCUUUAGAACCGCAGAGUAAGUUUUUGCUUCAGCAGCAGGCCAAGAAGGAGGAAGAAACUGAAUCUGCAGAAAAGGAGGAAAGUGAAGAGGAGGUGCUCAUGGAGGUGGGAAAGCCCAAGCGAGACCCUUUGCAUGGCUUACGGGUACAUGCCUGGGUUCUGGUUCUGUCUGGGAAGAGGAAGGUUCCCGAGACCUUCUUCAUCAACCCGUUCACGGGGAAUCACCACAGCACUAUGGAUGAGUGCUUCCUUGGGAUUGAGAGCAUCUGGAACCACAGGAACUACUGGGUGAACAUGCAGGACUGCCGGAAAGGCUGCAAGGAUCUCAGCUUUGAUUUGAGUGAUUCUUUCUGCUGGGAAAUUAUGUUGUCAGAGAGCAAUGAGCCCUCUCAGUUGCCCACAGAGUCACCCAAGGAGGACACGGAUGACAUGCAGGAAAAGGGGGAAAUAGACAUGAGCUUUGAGAUGCCACUAUCAUGGGUAGCCCAAAUUAGGGUGUCUUGCACAGAAUAUGAGAAUCCCUUUUCCCAGGGGAAGAAGGUGAUCCUGUAUGAUAAAGCAAAACUGGAGAAAUGGGCAGCGUAUGCGAAUAGAGAUGGGCUGGUGGAACGCCUCACUGUCUACGCAGACUCAGACCGUACUGAAGAACUGGAGGUGAAGGAAUGGUUCAAACACCGAGAAGACCUGUUGUAUAUGAGAGAAGUGAAUAAACAAACACAGCUGAUCACAGACCAUUUCAGUCCAGGACACCCCCUCCUUCUUAAAGCUCACUCCUACACGUCACUGGAACCUGAGACUGGGCACACAGUGGAGUUUUACCACAUGGCACGAGUUGAUGGCCUCUGCAAACGUUUUGAAAAUGCUACUGAGAUGACAGAGUACUUUGUGGGGCGGGAGGAUUUCCUGCACAUGCGGCACAUAGAGUUUGGCGAAAGAGACAAGAAAACGGAAAAGGCUGGCAUUGCAGCUGAUGCUAACCCCCGGCCUAUAGUGCAAAUCAAGGAGUAUUUCCACAGAAAUCCAGAAAAGCCUGCUGAUGAAGAUAUAGAGGAACGUAUCUUUAUGGUCAUAGAUGAUAUCAUCCAGCUGACAUAUCACCUCGAGCUUCAUGACACCAUUGCCUCAAAGGUGGUUUUCUGCAGAGUAAUAGGGAGGGAGAAGAGAGAAGAUGAAAUCUUCCUGAGCAGAGAAAACACUGUCAAAUACCAGCCGUGGUCCUCAGAGAAACACAAGAACAUGCUCCAUCUGUACAACUUGCUGUGGGAGCUGAGAGCAGAACAGAAGGAGCUGAAGCAACAAGUCCGGGACUCUGAAGCAGAGAUGUUAAAUAUUCUGAUGGUCCGUGAGGGUGAAGAAGCCAGUAUUAAAUUGACAGUUCCAAUGUUCAACAUUGCAAAAAGAGGACAACGGUGUGAAGCCAUGGUGCUGGAAGAGGAACAGAAGAGCUCCCACAGCUCUUUGGAGAACAAGAGUCAGCGCAUCGGAAGGGAGGAUGAAUCCCUCGCCCAUCACACUGCAACCAACUCCACCUUGUAGAGCCCGCAGGGACUGGGAUUCACUG